GGGAAAAUGGACUGUAUAUUGCUUUUCUCCAUCUCAGCUGUGCUGCUAAAUCUCUCUCAAGCUUUUCCUGCUACGAUGCUGCCCACUGGUCAAGAUAUCCAGUCUGAGAAGCACAACGAUAUGGAUAUUUCCUCAAGAAUUCUGGAGGCAAACAAAGAGAUCAGUGACGUGCUUCUGGAGGGAGAUAUGGCCUUACCCAAAACGAGGAAUGCCAUGAAAUGCUUGAAUGACUACUGCAAAUGGCCAAAAUCCCCAUCUAAAAUGGUUGAAGUGCCAUACACCAUUGCUAAUGACUACUAUAACGAUGAGAAGGCACUGAUCGAAAACGCAAUGAAGAGCAUCGCUGCAAAAACCUGCGUCCGUUUUGUGCCACGAACCAAUCAAGUGGACUACCUCAGCAUUGAGAACCUACUAGGCUGUUGGUCUACUGUAGGGAGAUCUGGAGGGAAACAGCAGGUGUCUCUGUCUGUGGACGGCUGUGUCUCUCACGGGCUCAUUGAGCAUGAGCUCAUCCAUUCUCUGGGGUUCCACCACGAGCACACCAGGAGCGACAGAGACCAGUACGUCCGGAUCAACUGGGAGAAUAUUCCACAAGCAUCUGCAUACAACUUUGAGAAGAAGGACACAAAUAAUCUGAAUACCCCUUAUGACUACAACUCAAUCAUGCAUUAUGGAAGGACAGCCUUCGCCAUACAGUAUGGGAAGGAAACCAUCACUCCUAUUCCUAACUCUUCAGUGCAAAUCGGACAGAGGCUGGAAAUAUCUAACAUUGACAUUCAGAAGAUCAACAAGCUCUAUGAGUGUGCUCUUUAAAGUAAAGACUCGAGAUCAAACCCCAGUGAAAUGCUGACAGUGACUAAAUAAAAGGAGUACGGCACAGUGUAAGCAAAGUACAUCUUUUCCUUCCUCCUUUGUCUGUAACUUGACCACAUAAAUGUAAUGGACUGACUUCGGUGUUGAAUUGCAAUAAACCUUGUUACGAGUGA